CCUUUUUGUGAAAUUCUUGAAAUAUAUAAUACACACACUUGUGUGUUUAUAAUAUAGCUUCAAUACUCCGCCUAUAAACUUUCAAAUCAUCAUUCAUAUAACCCUCGUUGGUUUAAAAAGUCAUCCUCCCAAAUUCUUCUUAUUAACAAAGGUUUUAGAUGUGUAGUGAUUUAAAGAAUAAACACGGCUCUUCUGAUUUGGAGAUGGAGGCUGUGGGAAGGCUCAAUAAUUGCUCGAAGCUGCUCGAAUUUGCGGCCACGGACGAUUUGGAUGGCUUUGUACAUGAGGUCGAGCAGCGAGGCCGUGACGUUGAUGAAGUGAGUUUGUGGUAUGGAAGAAGCUUUGGGUCGAAGAAGAUGGGGUAUGAGGAGAGAACUCCUAUCAUGAUUGCUGCUUUGUAUGGAAAUACUGAGGUUUUGAGAUAUAUAAUCGCAACCGGGAUAGUUGAUGUGAAUAGGGCGUGUGGCUUGGAUGGUGCCACGGCCCUCCACUGCGCUGCUGCUGGUGGCUCGUGGUCGUCUGCGGAGGUUGUUGAGUUGUUGAUGGCUGCCUCUGCUGACACCAGCAUCGUGGAUGUUUCGGGGAGGAAGCCCGGUGAUCUCAUUGCUCCGUGUGUGAGAUCCUCGGCCAGUCCGAGAAGGAGGCAGUUGGAGAUGAUGCUGAACGGGGUGACCAGCGAGGGGGAGGAAGAGGGGAGCAAGAAGCAGGCGUUGGCUACGAGUGAGAACAGGGAGUAUCCGAUUGAUAUACCGUUACCGGAUAUAAACACGGGUGUUUAUGGCAGUGAUGAGUUUAGGAUGUACAGCUUUAAGGUGAAGCCUUGCUCGAGGGCGUACUCUCACGACUGGACCGAGUGCCCGUUUGUCCACCCUGGGGAGAAUGCGAGGAGGCGUGAUCCGAGGACGUAUCACUACACGUGCGUGCCUGCCACACGGAUGGCCGAUCUGACGCCUACGAACCUCGACGACAUAUUCGGAUCUCUCGACCCGUCUAUGCUGUCGCAGUUGCAAGGACUGUCGCCGAAGAUCAACAACACCACAAGCUCGCAGAUGCAGUCCCCGACGGGCCUUCAGAUGCGACAGAAUAUGAACCAACUCCGAGCAAGCUACCCGAUGAACGUCUCGUCUUCGCCAUCAAGGAAUCCCUCGCCAUACGGGUUCGACUCCUCCGCUGCAGUUGCUGCCGCGGUCAUGAAUUCACGGUCAGCCGCCUUCACGAAGCGGAGCCAGAGCUUUAUUGACCGCAGCGGCGGCAAUGGAUACCGUUACGGGCCGACACCCAAUUCCCCGGCCGGUCUCGUGCCACAGAAGCACUCUGAGUGGGGCGCUCCCGACGGGAAGCUAGAAUGGGGCUUCAAUGGUGAAGAAGUGAACAAGCUUAGGAAAUCGGCCUCGUUUGGUUUUCGAACUGGGGCGAAUGCAGCCCCGGCUCAUUCGGAUGUAGGCGAGCCGGACGUGUCGUGGGUUAAUACGCUGGUGAAAGACGUCCCGGCUGGGGCAGCGGGGAUGUACAGCCCGACGAGGAGGCAGGGGAUGUAUAGCCCGCAGCAGAGGCAGGGCGGGCACGAGACGACGACGACCACAGCGAUGAUUCCGCAAUGGCUCGAGCAAAUGUACAUAGAGCAGGAGCAGAUAGUGGCUUGAGAGAAAAGGCUCUGAUGGCGGGAAAAUUGGUUUGAGAUGAUCUUUAAUUAGGGUUUGAUCAUAUUCUUUCUGAUUCUUACAUUUUUAACACCAUAUCUCUAGCUAUAGUUACUGAUGAAAGAGGUGAUUGAUGAGACCAAUUUUUAGAUUGGGAGAUGAGAUUAUUUAGUUUAUUUCUUUUUUCAUAUGAAUAUAUAGGAGAUUAUAAGUUCAUGUAAUUCUCAUAUUUAAAGUGAUGAAUAAAUGUGAGGACUGAAUUUCUCUA